AUGAACAUUGCCAAUCUCGACCCGUUUAGCGCAAUGGAUGAAGGCAGUCCGUGGAGUGAUGAGCCCUCGCGCUCACACAGCAACCAGAGCUUGGCCAAGCAGGCGGAUGAUGCGCAAACACCAGCGGGUAGGUGGUGUAGCGCAGACGGAAUGGAGCAUAUGGCUGAUGAUUGUGGCCUAGCAGAUCAGGAAACACCAUCAAAGCUCUCCCAGUCCACCCCGAACAUCGCUGCAGGCGUCAAACCCGCUCCAUCCAAGACUCGCGGCCCUCGAAGACAUGGCAACCUCACACAAUCGACCACGCUCGAGACGCUCGACGAUUCCAUGGGACCGCUGGGACCACUGGGAGUCGAGCCUGUAGACGAACCACUUGCCCCGACACCACCCGUGAAAGAGCUCGCAUCGAGAACAAGGCAGCCAGUCCACUCACGACCAGGCACGGCAGUAUCCGGCGUUUCUUCUCGCAGCGCCGACUACGAUGGAGAUGGUGGAUCGCUCAGUGGAGGGCCUCGUGUGCCUCCUCCUGUACAGCCACCGCAGUUCGACGGACGAGCACGAUCGACACAACCCUCCAUGUCUGUAGAACAGGCCGCGAAACCGACCUUCAACAUCACAGUGGGCGAUCCUCAUACUGUUGGGAACGCAGCGACCAGCCAUACAGUAUACAGUGUCAUGACAAGGACAACAUCCAAGGCAUUCAUGAACCCUUCUAUGACAGUAACGAGGCGAUACCGGGAUUUCCUAUGGCUGUACGAACGCUUGCAUGACAACAAUCCCGGUGUGGUAGUUCCUCCUCCGCCUGAAAAGCAGCAAAUGGGAAGGUUCGAUCUCAACUUUAUCGAGUCUCGACGGAUGGCCCUCGAGCGCAUGAUGAACAAGAUCGCAGGACACCCAGUACUACAACUGGACGGCGACCUGAAGACAUUCCUGGAAAGCGAAUCGUUCAACGUCGCCAUCAAGCAUUCUACAGGCAAGGAUCCGCUUCUCGGCGCUACUGAAUCGAAAGGCUUCAUGGGCAGCAUUGGUCUGGGAAGUUCCGGUGGCAAGUUCGUCGAGCACGAUGACUGGUUCCACGAUCGUCGGAUAUACCUCGACGCGCUCGAGAAUCAGCUCAAAGCCUUGCAAAAGAGCACCGACGCAGUCGUUGCGCAACGAAAAGGUCUUGCAGAAUCGUGCGGCGAGUUCAGCGCCUCGCUACACAAUCUUGCCGCCGUUGAGCUCUCACCCAGCCUUUCCGGACCCCUAGAUGCCCUUGGCGAUCUGCAACUACGGAUACAGGAGCUUUACCACCGACAAGCCCUACAGGAUAUCCUCACCAUUGGUAUUGUCAUUGAUGAGUACAUCCGGCUGAUUGGCUCCGUGAAGAAGGCUUUCGAACAGCGACAAAAGGCCUAUCACUCCUGGCACUCGUCUGAAACGAAACUUCAAGAGGUCAAGAAGGGGCAAGAUAAGCUCAUGCGCGCUGGCCGCACGCAACAAGACCGCAUUGGGCAGAUGCAGGCAGAUGUCGCCGAUGCUGAGAGGAGAGUGCAUGCAAGUCGUCUGCUGUUCGAAGAUAUGGGCAGGCUCAUGCGAAGUGAGCUGGACCGUUUCGAGCGCGAGAAAGUCGAGGACUUCAAGAGUGGGGUUGAGACUUUCCUAGAGAGCGCGAUUGAGGCACAGAAGGAGCUGAUCGAACUCUGGGAGACAUAUCUCCUCCAACUCGACAGUGACGAGGAUGGACCGCCACUUAUGCCGGCUGGUGUCGUCGCCGACGAUGUAACGGUCAAAUCAGCCGAGCAACAACAAGGAAACGCAUCUGAUGAGCACACUGCCAGUGACACGCAUGAUCACGACGAAGACGAAGUGACUCGACUCUCCGGCACAACUGCUCGUGAAAGCGAGGAGGCUUUCGCUGAAGAACGACCCGCGCGUAACUCGGAACCUGAGGACUAA